CGCUUGGCCCUUCUACCAACCUGUCGACGCCAUCAAGCUCUGCCUGGCGGACUACCACAAGGUGAUCAAGAACCCAAUGGACAUGGGAACCAUCAAGAAACGUCUGGAGAACAAUUACUACUGGAGCGCCAGUGAGGCCAUGCAGGACUUCAACACCAUGUUCACCAACUGUUACAUCUACAACAAGCCAACAGACGACAUCGUGCUCAUGGCUCAGGCCCUCGAGAAAAUCUUCCUGCAGAAAGUCGCUCAGAUGCCUCAGGAGGAAGUCGCUCUGCUGCCACCGGCUCCCAAAGGAAAGAACAAGAGCAAGCAGCCCGCCACCGCCACCACAGUGAGUCAGCAGGCGGAGUCUUCAGCCUCCCCUCCCCCCUCCUACCCCUCCCCCUCCCCUUCUCAGACACCUGUCAUAUCCACCAUGCCAAUACCUGUCCAAGCCACGCCCCCUGUCUCUGCACCGCAGCCCCCAGCAACCAUGAUGCCGUCUGCACAGCCUGUUGUCAAGAAGAAAGGUGUGAAGAGGAAAGCCGACACCACCACUCCCACCACGUCGGCCAUCUCUGCUGGUCGUGCUGACUCUCCAUCUGCUCAGGACAACAAACCGGCAAAGCUGGGUUCGUCCCGCCGUGAGGCUGCCGCACGCCCCGCUAAGACCCGCCGAGAGACGGGUGAGGAGGUGCCAGGGGGUGAGAUGGGAGGUGGCGGAGGAGGAGUUGGAGGGAAGAAGGUCGGUAAGCUGGGCGAGCAAAUGAAACACUGCGACGCCAUCCUGAAGGAGAUGCUCUCAAAGAAACAUGCCGCCUACGCCUGGCCCUUCUAUAAGCCGGUGGACGCAGAGGCACUGGAGCUGCACGAUUACCAUGACAUCAUCAAACACCCCAUGGACCUCAGCACUGUCCGGAAAAAGAUGGAUAAAGGCGAGUACAGUGACCCUCAGAGCUUCGCCACUGACGUCAGGUUAAUGUUCUCCAACUGUUACAAGUACAACCCUCCAGACCACGAGGUCGUGGCCAUGGCCCGAAAACUGCAGGAUGUGUUUGAGAUGCGUUUUGCUAAGAUCCCAGACGAGGGCCUGGAGGUGUCUGUCCCGUCUACAACACCACUGGUCAGUAAAAGCACAGCUUCCUCUGACAGCAGCAACAACUCCUCCUCAGACGAAUCUUCCGACUCCGAGGAGGAGCGAGCCACGCGAUUGGCUGAGCUACAGGAGCAGGUUGGUGCUGCUGAGCAAUCACAGUUGAAGGCGGUGCACGAGCAGCUGGCCGUCUUGUCCCAGGCUCCGGUCAGCAAGCCAAAGAAGAAGAAAGAGAAGAAAGACAAGGAGAAGAAGAAAGACAAAGGGAACAAGGGGAAGAUGGAGGAAGAGAAGAAGCCAAAGGCUGCCGCUCAACAGCCCAAACCAGCCAAUCAGAAGAAGGCACCGGCCAGGAAAGCCAACAGCACUGUGACCGCAACCAGGCCACUUAAGAAAGGCAGCAAGACGUCAGGUGGCGGCUCGGCCAAUGGAGAAGAUGGAGAGGAGUCGUCUUUACCGAUGUCGUAUGACGAGAAGCGCCAGCUGAGUCUGGACAUAAACCGCCUGCCGGGUGAGAAGCUGGGUCGCGUCGUCCACAUCAUCCAGUCCAGAGAGCCGUCGCUGCGAGACUCUAACCCCGACGAAAUCGAGAUCGACUUCGAAACGCUCAAACCCUCCACGCUCCGAGAGCUGGAGCGCUACGUCAAAUCCUGUCUGCAGAAGAAGCAGAGGAAGCUGCUGCAGAAGGCAGCAGGUGGCGGGGCCUCAGGAGGCGGGGCUAGUCGUUUGAGUGGCAGCUCUUCUUCCUCCUCUGAUGACAGCUCCUCAACGGGAACCUCCUCUUCCUCCGACACAGACUGAACACACACACACACACACAACACACACACACACACGUUACUGAACACAGAGUUUAUACACACACACUCGAUCACAGGAACGACAGUUAACACAUGAACACACAUCCAUGUAAACUUCCACCAUGAACACACACAAGACAGAGAUCCACACUCUGAACUUCUUACAACACACACGCCCAGACUUGGAGACUGUAUGUAAAUAGGCAAACCUGUUUUUUAGCUCCUAGUGUCGUUUUUUUUUUCUUUUCUUCCUGGAGUAAUGCAGAGACAGAAGAGAAGAAGAAGAAAGAACUUGUCAGAGAGAGGAGGAGGAGGAGGAGGUCUGUCUGUUCACCAGUUGUACUGAUCUUCUCUUAACUGUCGUCUCGCUGCUGUGGAGAGAAAUAAAAACAUCCACGUUUCUUCUUGGGUUUGGACGCCGGCUAUGACCCCUGACCUCUGAACACAUUCCGGAAGCGUCUGCUAUCAUCAGGACGAGGAGGUCUCAGUGGGUUUCACGUCGUUGGAAGUGAAGCUGUUGAGCAAUAACUGAAAAGGAUUUCAGAGGAAACAUGUCUGAGAUGAAGCUCAGACCAUCAUGGGAGAUUUAACCAAAACCUGGAGAAGAACAAGCGUCUCAGGGCCGAGUGGCGUCUUGUCUUCUGCUGCGUUCACACCGAAUGCGACGCAAAGUGUUGAGAUUACAUACAAAGUCAAUGCACAGACAUUUAUUUAGUUAUUUCAGUCUUUACUUCCCCCGGAGUUUCCACUUGUACGACGCAGUAACUUGAUCCCUUCGACCAGUCGUCCUCUUCCGGAGGAGAACAGGCGAAUAUUCCUCGUUUGUGUUUAUUCACGUGAUUCACCUGAAUAAACUCAAAUGAUCUCACGGCAUGUUCGGUGUGAACGCACCUGUAGACCUAAGUUCUGAACGAUUGGCUGUUAUAAAAAAAUAAACCAAAAAAACGUCCACGUCAGCUGAUUGUGUGGAGAUUUGAAAAUUGCUGAUAAGAAACUUUACUUGAACAUCUCCUGUUAACAGAUGUAUGACACGUCCGCUUGUAAAAUGAUGUCACACUUAUUGGAUCAGCUGUUGGCGAUGGCAGAGUUCAGGAGCUGCAGUUAUAGGCGAUGAAGUGUGUGUGUGUGUUGAUCUUCAUCACAGAUGGGGAGGUCAGAGGUCAACCUGUUUUUAAAGUGACAUCAGUAGUUUAAACUGGUUCCUUGGUGAAUGACGGAUGAUUAUUGAUAAGUGGUGAAGUUCAUCUGUGACUGACAUCUCUGCAACAAGGUUCAUGUGUUUUAUUCAUUUCUAAUGUUCGACAGUCGCUCAGCUGAUCAAUCACAUCCACUUCCUUUAUGACUGGAAAUCAAACAGCUGAUGAUCAGAUGUUGAUCAGAUGUUGAUCAGAUGUUGAUCAGAUGUUGAUCAGAUACUGAUCAGCUGAGCUCAUCCAGGUUUUGUACUGUUGUUCAAUUAAAACCCUCUGAGGCUGACGCUGCCCUCUGCUGGUCCUGAAACCAACACAACUCAUCGUCUGACUGGGGUCAAUGCUGGGGGUGUGGUCAACCCUGGGGGCGUGGUGGCUGGACCCAGGGAGCGAGACGGACAUGUUUCUUUUUAACACUACAUCUUCUUUAUUUCCUGUCAUUUGUUUUUGAUUUUUCAGGUUGUGCUGAACCCGUUUAUGUCUUUAUAAGAUUUGUGAUAUAAAAUGUCUUUGUACGACGUUCUUCUGCCCCCCCCCCCCCCAGGUUAAAAGUCAGAGCUCAAACUGAAGCUUCAACACCACGUUCAGAUCACCCUCAGUAAAAUACUCAUAUUUCCAAAUUUUAAUAAUUUUAACUCUAAAAUGUCCAAAAUAAAGUCGUCAGGAUGAAGAAAAGGUUCAGUGGAUAUUUGAGAUGUUUCAGUGACGUCACGUCUGAUUGGCUCCAGUGUUUUUUUUUUUUUAACUCAUUUAUAUCUGGGUGCAAUGUGCCACUGAAGCUAAACAUUUAAAAGGAAUUUAAUUUAUCCAUUUUAAAGACUUUAAUUUCAUGUGUUGUCAUGACAUCACAGUUCUGCCCUCCCCUGAUUGGUUAGGCAGAGUGGAGCAGUCAGCUGAUUGCUUCUGAAGAAGCUUUACGUUGCGUGAUGUUAGAAUUUUCUGCGUGACCUUUAGCACGAUGUUAACCUGUUUCUGUUUUGAUCUGAGUUUCUGAUUAAAUCACGUGACCUCACCGCUCACCUGUCCUAACUCCACGUCGUUGGUUUCACCUCUGACUUCGCCUGUCGGGGGACAAAAAGUAGCCAAUCAGAGUGGGGGACAGUUUUAAUCCUCAUCAACCAGAAAACACGUUUUUCAUCCUUUGUCAUGUGAUGUUAACAUCCAACACUGUUUCCAUUGGCUCCCACCUGACAGGGAGGGUCAUGUGACCUUCAGAAACCUAAUGCUGAGUUUUAACCAGAGACUGAGUGACACAUCUGUUACGAACGCUGCCAUCUUGUGGUGAUGACAUAAUUUGCAGUCAGAGUCUGUGCAGUAGUUCAUUGUGGAGUUGUGGUGUCGAAGUCCCACCCACACACGCACUUGACCAAUCCUGAGUCAGUCUCAGCUGUCAAUCAUGACGUCUCCGCCUGUUUUUAUAUCAACAAAUAACUGAUUCAAACCAAACUGAUGAGAAACACUUGAACACAUUUUUUAACGUCUACUUUGAUAAUUUUAGUUUGGUCCAUGUCCCAUCUGCCUACAUGGAGGAGGUUUUUGACCUAUACUGCAGCCAGGGGGGGGGGGUGAUCCCUCUGCGUAUGGAGCUGCUCUGUUGUCAUGACGAUAGUUUGUUAUGUGAAUUAAUUACUUAGUUUCAGACGAGUCAAAACUAAACGUAAACUAAACUAAUCGUUAGUUUUUUUCCAUCGUUUCAUUUGAAGAAACAAAGUUUUAUUUUGGACAUUUUACAGACAACAACCUAAAACAACCUACAACAACCGAGACACAGUGACAGACAGACGGCUCGUUGCCGCAGUAACCUCCUCUGUUUUAUUUAGUUGAUGGUCGAGCUUCGAUGGUUAUAGUUAAUUUUUGUAUUUUAAUAAGAAAAAGGAAAAAAGUGAUUUUAUGUAUUUGCAUGCACUCCGGCCGUACGUUCCUUCUUCCGUAUGUUUGAGCACUGUAUAGUAGCUGUAUAGUUCCUGUCCGACGUUUAGAUCGCCCAGAGAGAGAGAGAGGAUGAAAAACAACACGUGAAUAAUUUGAUGUAAUUACUGAUAUGAUCCUUAUUUUCUGAGUUCAUUUGUUUUCAUAAAUAAACGUAUAAACUGA